AGGAGCUCUCCCAAUUCCCCACCCAGCACGCCAGGCCGGCGAGAUGCCUGACGGCGACGCAGAGGCCCGCGCCGCCACCACCAGUGCGGCACCGCCGGGUCCCCAUCCGCCUCUCGCCAUGGUUCCUCCAGCCGCCGUCGACACGCGGAAUCUGAUUACCCGACACUACCCGCCGUCGUGCCACGGCGCCGGGCUAUCAGGCCCUGUGAGGUCUAAAGCUCUUACUACUUGUCGCUGCCAUGCUGACCCUGCAAUAUAGUGCUACCGCUUAUGGGGCUGGGUUUGGGAUCAUCAGCAUGGCACGGCCCGGCUGCCCAGACAAGUGCGGUAACGUCAGCAUCCCGUACCCGUUCGGCACCGGAAAUGGAUGCUUCCAGGAACCCUUUAAUGUCACAUGCAAUGUGAGCGGGGCAUAUUUGGCCUCCACCAAAGUAAGGAUACUGGACAUCAAUCUUACUCUAGGUGAGAUUCGUGUUCAGAACCCAUACAUAGCAUGGCAAUGCAACCACACCAAUGGCACCAAUAGUACUGGCGGUGAUUCGCAAGGCUUAAUUCUUGAUCCUUCUCAUAAGCUUUCCUACACCAAGAACAAGUUGACAUCAGUCGGUUGUGCUACGCUUGCAAUGGUCGUAGGAGUCACCAAGGGCAAGAACCAGCUUGAAUUCCCCAUUGUUAACUCAUGCUUUUCAUACUGCACUGACGCAAGUAAUGUGGAUAAUAGCUCUGGGUGCGCUGGAAUGGGUUGCUGCCAGUCCUCCUUUCCAGGAAAUGUCAGUUCCGUUAACACCACAUCCAUGCCAGUACUAGAUAUAUACAACUCAACCAUCCAGUCUUUCAGCCCGUGCAGCUACGCUUUCGUUGUUGAGGAGGAGUGGUUCAAGUUCGAUCCUUCAUAUGCCAGCUCUACUGAUUUCGCAAGUAGAUAUGCAGAUGGAGUUCCUGUGGUACUUGAUUGGGUUGCUGGUAAUGGAAGUUGUUCUGAAACCAGCAAGAUGGGAUCACAGUAUGCCUGCCAAGCCAUGAACAGUGAAUGCAUUGAUGUGUCUAAUGGCCCCGGUUACCGCUGCAACUGCUCUCAAGGUUAUGAGGGCAAUCCCUAUCUGCAAGGAGGGUGCAAAGACAUCAAUGAGUGCGAACCUCCAAACCAGUCCUUGUAUCCUUGCAAAGGUAAUUGCAUAAACACCCACGGUAGCUACACCUGUUCAUGCCCAUCAGGAUUCAGGAGCGAUGAUCCAAGGAGCAUACCCUGCGUUCGAGCUGACCCAAACAAAGCACUGAAGGUGGUCUUAGGCUUAUCCGUCAGUGCUGUCUUCCUCAUGGUUUUUAUCUUCGCUCUAUGGGCUGAGUAUCAGAAAAGAAAGCUGGCGGAAGAGAAGGAAAGAUUCUUUGAUCAGAAUGGUGGUCAGAUAUUAUAUCAGCAAAUUAUGUCAAAACAAGUCGAUACUUUGAGGAUAUUCACUCAAGAAGAUCUGAAGAAGGCUACAAACGAUUUUGACGAGAGCAGAGAACUGGGCAAGGGGGGUCAUGGCACUGUCUACAAGGGCAUUCUCAAGGAUAACAGGGUAGUGGCUGUGAAACGCUCGAAGAUCAUGAACGUGGAGCAGACCGACGAAUUCGUGCAGGAGAUAAUUAUACUUUCACAGACCAACCACCGGAAUGUGGUCAGGCUUCUAGGGUGCUGCUUAGAGGUGGAGGUCCCCAUACUGGUCUACGAGUUCAUCUCGAACGGCACUCUCUUUGAGUUCAUCCAUGGUAGCCACGGAAGUCCACCUCCCUCGCUGGACACCCGUCUCAGGAUCGCUCAAGAAUCGGCAGAAGCGCUGGCCUAUCUGCAUCUGUCCACUAACCACCAUAUAGUCCACGGAGAUGUCAAGUCCAUGAACAUCCUCUUGGACGACAACUACAUGGCGAAAGUGACGGACUUUGGGGCGUCGAGGAUGCUCCCCAAGGACGAGUCCCAGUUCAUGACGCUGGUGAAGGGCACCCUGGGAUAUCUAGACCCUGAGUACCUGCAGGAGCGGCAGCUCACAGAGAAGAGCGACGUGUACAGCUUCGGGGUCGUGCUGCUGGAGCUGAUCACGGGGAAGAAGGCCAUCUACCGCGAUGGCCUGAAGGAAGGCAAGAGUCUCGUGUCAUCCUUCCUGCUCGCCAUGAAGAUUGAGAACCUCGAGGGCAUCCUUGACCCGAGAAUCGCGCGUGCGGGGAUGGAGGCGCUGCUGCGAGAAGUCGCCGAGCUCGGGCGGAUGUGCUUGGGCCCCAGGGGUGAGGACAGGCCUUCCAUGACCGAGGUGGCCGACAAGCUGAAGGCCCUGCGAAGCGCCUGGAGGGAGAAACUGGCGCUGGGGCAUGCCAAAACAGAGUGUCUGGUUGUGUGCUCGUCGCCUGCGGCUGUGGCGGCUUGGUGCCCUCCGUCUUCAGGAUCCUCCUCGAUGGAGGCGUACAUGUCUGGAAUAGGCAUAGAGACGCCCAGAUGAUGGAGUAGUUACGUUUGAGCCUUUCACCAAAAAUGACAAAUUAAUCUACCGUGCUAGAAGUACCAAGUAGCUAAGUAAAUGUUCUCAUGGGACCUGUGUGUGUUCUGCGUUUCAUCGGUGGAGCUUGCCACGACGGGCUAUGCGGCAUGUGAGUUCUCAGUUCCGGGUGCGAGGGAACACAAAACUCAGUCUUCAUGUUUUCAGUAUGAGAAUUCGCACAUGGACCACCAGAUUUCAGUUUGCAAUGUUGCUCAACUAUGCAUGCCUAACUGAAUUUUGUGUUCCUGGCCUAUGAUAUGACUCUGAAUCGUGUCAAAUCUCAAGGUCCUUUCUUUCUGUCAUGGUAACUGAAUUUUGUGUUCCUAUGAAUGAAUUGUGUCAAAUUUCAAGUUUA